AUGUCGAGCUCACGCACAACCCGAACUACAUCAUAUUCAAUCGAGGAAGAUCAACUACUAUGUCGUGUGUAUUGUGAUAUUGGCCAAGAUCCUCAAGUUGGUAAGAAUCAGGUACAACAAGCUUUUUGGACUCGUAUUGGGAUUGAAUACCAGCAAAUGCUACUAGCGAAUAAUGGUAAUAUUCGAUCUUGGCAAUCUCUUCAAACUCGAAUGCAAAAUAUAUUGACAGCUGUUUCAAAAUUAAGAGGAUGCAUCCGCCAAAUUGAAAACACGAACCCGAGCGGACCAUCUGAACAAGAUAUUCUAGAUAAAGCAAAAGAUUCAAUGUCACAAGAUGCCAAAUAUCCAAAGGGGUUUAGAUUUGAUCACAUAUGGCCUAUCCUUAAGGAUCUCGACAAAUUUAGCUCUACUCCUAGUAGAGACGCAAGUUUUGGUAGUAGAAAGCAAAAUACCUACUUUCAAGGAUCACAAUCACUGCAUGAUAUAGCAGAUAAGUCAAUAAGCUCAUCAUCUUUUUGUGUUGAUUUGAAUGACAAUUUUGAAACUGCAAACCAGACUGAAGCAAAGAAAGUAGUGUUGGCAGAACGACAGGAAGCAAACAGAGAGCAUCGAGAAGAGAAGAGAGAGCGUCGAGAAGAGAACAAAAUCUUACGCAUAAAUUUAGAUUCAAUCACAGAUUCGAUGGUGCGUGAGUCUAUAAGGAUUAAGGAAUGA